UGAAGGAGCUCGAGUGAUGCUGACCAGAAACUUGGACACACUAAACGGUUUGGUCAGUGGUGCUUUUGGUAUGCUGAUAAAGGUGGUGAGAUCUGAAAAUGAUGGACAAAUAAUUAAACUGGGGCUCAGAAUGGACAACCGGCAGCCUAUGAGACACAACCACAGUGCUAAUGCAGCAUCUGAUGAUCUUGUUUACAUUGAGAGAGCAGAGGAGAGUCUGAAGUUUAAAGGAGCGGUACGCAGACAGUUUCCUGUAAAGCUAGCAUUUGCCUGCACAAUCCACAAAACCCAGGGUCUUACAACACAGACAGCUGUAGUUUCAAUGAAGAACAUUUUUGAACCAGGUAUGGCUUAUGUUGCUCUCAGCAGGGUGACGUCUCUCAGUGGACUCUAUUUGCAGGACUUGGAUGAGAACAAGAUUUAUGCCAAUCCCGAGGUAACUGCAGCGCUCCAAACCAUGAGACAAGCCAGCGUUGAGGAAAUGAUGCCUCUUCUUCAGAGUCUCACCUCCAAGGCUCCUUUGUUGCAGACAGUCUUCAUUUGGACGGCUACACCAUGUUCAAACGCAACAGACAUGUGUCCUACACAAACUUUCCUCACAUGGCCAGCAGAAGUGGUGGUGGAGUUGUUGUGUAUUUGAGGAUAUUCAUACCAACUGAUGAUAAUCCUGUGAAAAUGAGUCGUCCCCUGUCAGUUCUGGACAACACAACACCUGAGUCUUCCAAUGUUUGGAUGACAUCUUUGAAUGACAAAUACAAAGCCAGACCUGAAACACCAGAGUAUGAGGAGAUGUGCAUGGCAGACUUUGCUGCUACUUGCAGGAUUGUGUAUGGCCAACAGACAAAAGGUAAAGAUGUUUUGCCCCUUCUCAAUGAGAUGGGAUUUGUGCAAAGGCGCAAAAAUGAUAAGCCUGCUAUCAUCAGAUUUCACCGCUGCUCACAAGAAAAACAUCCAGAGCAAUAUUACGGAAGACUGCUUAAACUGUACCUUCCUCAUCGUUCAGACCACGAACUGAAAACGCCAUCUUUGCCAACCUAUCAGGCUUUCUAUGGUGCUGGCUGUGUACAGCUACCAGGUACUGACCGUCUUGAGUACGUGCAACACAUUGUCAAAAGAAACAGAGAGAAAUAUGAGAAAAACAGUGAGGAGAUCGAGAGCGCUGUUGAGGAAUAUGAGCAGAACAGAGGUGUGACUGACGAAUGGUGUAAUCUGGCACCUGAAUCAGAUCUCGUAAGGUUGCCACUUGUUGAACAAGAAAGAGAGCGAGACAAUGAAAAUGAACAGGAAGAUGUGCCCGACUACAGCCGUCAGGCUGAUGCUUCAACAGAAGUCAGAGCCAUCAGGGAACCCCCUGCUAUUGAUCCCACUUUGUUACGUCAGAUGUUUCAGAAUCUGAAUAAGAAGCAAGCCUGCAUAUUUUAUGCAGUUAGAGACUGGUGCAUUAAAAGAGUCUGUGCUCUAAAUCCAGAGCAGUUUUUCUUUUAUAUUAAUGGUGGUGCUGGAACAGGAAAAUCACAUCUUAUCAAAUGCAUCUACUCAGAAGCAUCUAAGAUACUGAGCAAAGUGCCCAGAUAUGCAGACGACGUUGACAUAUCAAAACCCACUGUCCUGUUAACCGCUUUCACUGGGACUGCAGCAUUUAACAUUUCUGGAACAACACUGCAUUCUCUACUCAAGCUCCCUAGAAGCUUAAAACCUCCCAUACAGGGACUUGGCAAUCAGCUGGAUGAAGUCAGAUCAGAACUUUUGAAUGCUGAAAUAAUCGUCAUUGACGAAGUGUCUAUGGUGUCAAGACAUCUCUUUGCAUAUGUAGAUGCAAGACUCAAACAGAUCAAAGGGACUCGGAGACCCUUUGGAGGCAUGUCAGUCAUUGCUGUUGGAGACUUCUAUCAGCUACCCCCAGUGCGACAGUCUAAACCUCUCUGUGUGCACGACCCGUCCGAGAUCGACCUGUGGCGGGAGCAUUUUCAGAUGAUCACUCUGACUGAGAUUAUGCGUCAGAAAGAUGAUGUUGUCUUUGCUGAGAUGCUGAACAGAAUCCGUGUGAAAGGAAAGUUGGAUGAGCUUUGCGAAGCAGACAGAAAUUUGUUGUCACAGGCCAUAACUGAACCAGGCCUUUGUCCGACUGAUGCGUUGCACAUUUUUGCAACUAAUAAAGAAGUGGAUGCGCACAACUCUGCAACACUGGGUCUGCUCCAUAUUCAUAUCAUUGACAUCCAUGCAGAUGAUUAUAGAAAGGAUCCUAGAACUGGCAGAAUGGCACUUCACGACAGACCAUUCAAAGGAGGUAAAAACGAGUUACCAGACACACUGAAAGUUGCAGAAGGAGCUCGUGUCAUGCUCACCAGAAACAUUGACAUACAAAAUGGUUUGGUUAAUGGAGCUUUUGGAAAACUACUUAGAGUAGUUUACUCUGAAAAUGACCAACACAUCAUCAAGCUUGGACUUAAAAUGGAUAAUGAAACAUCUGGAAAGAAUAACCGCACACCAGCAGACGACAUGGUGUACAUUGAGAGAGCAGAGGAGAAUCUAAAGCAGAAAGGAGUGGUACGAAGACAGUUCCCAGUGAAGCUGGCCUUUGCAUGUACAAUACAUAAGGUACAGGGUAUGACAACCACAUCAGCUGUUGUCUCUCUUAAGAGCAUUUUUGAGCCCGGCAUGGCCUACGUAGCUGUCAGUAGAGUGACGUCUCUCAGUGGACUGUAUCUUCUUGAUAUGGAGGAGAAAAAAAUAUUCACCAACCCAGAAAUCACUGCAGCACUUGAGAACAUGAGACAAGCCAACCUUGAUGACAUGAUGCCUCUUCUACACGUGAGACAAACACUGAGCAGGUCAGAGGUUUUCACCAUUGUUCACCAUAAUACAGAGGGACUGCCAGCUCACAUUAAUGACAUCAAGAGUCACCAUGAAUUGUGUCUAGCAGAUGUUUUGUGCCUAACAGAAACACACCUGCGGGGCUCUUUUGUCGCAGAGAGUCUCCACUUGGAAAAUUACAAUUUGUUCAAACGCAACAGACACCUGUCCUACACAAACUUUCCCCAGAUGGCAAACAGAAGUGGUGGUGGAGUUGCUGUUUAUGUGAAAAGUGACAUUCAAGUGCAUGAAAAACAGUACAUCCAUAAUGUAACUGACCUUGAAUUUCUGGCUUUAAAGGUUGAAGCACCAGUCAGUGCUCUGAUUGUAGUUGUAUACAGACCUCCAGACUACACUCUGAGGCCAUUCCUGAAAAACCUGGUAAGCCUAUUAGACUCAUUAGAGAUCAUGGACUGUCAUCCCAUCAUAGUGUGUGGUGAUUUUAAUGAGAAUGUUUUAUCCAGUGCAAAAAAACCAAUCCUGGAGCUGUUUGAGUCUAGGGGAUAUGCACAGGUCAUCACUGCCCCUACCACAGAGAAGAACACACUGCUUGACCUAAUUUUCAUUUCUCAGCCAGAGCGAUGUCUCCAUUCUGGAGUCAUGAAGACCUACCAUAGUUACCAUGACCCUGUAUACUGUGUAUUGUCCUGUGAUGAUUCAUGAUCUAGAUCUUUGAAUACAGUAAGUAAUUUUUAUAUUUCUGAAUGACUUAAGAAAGUAGAGCGAUAUUUAAAAGUUGACUUAAGAAAAAAACGCCCUGCAUUGCAGUAUAAUGUUUGAAUUUUUUUUUACAUAAAAUACAAUUAAAUGAAUUAAGUAAUGAUAUCAGUAAAAGAUGACAAUUUUAUUUAUUACAGAAAAUCUAAAAAUCAGUAAUCUAUGAAUGUCAGAAAAAUCAAAUAUAGCAGUUUAAAACAAACAGUGUAGGCAUAUCCUCUCUGCAGCCAGGCUUCAAAAUCCUGCCAGGCUGCCCCAGUCUCACUGUGGCUGGGAGGGAGGGAGGGUGGACCAGAGGAUUGCCCACACAACACAUAAAUGUUCAACAGAUUAUUCAUUGUUUCUCAAUAAACAACACAGACUAACGGUUGCUUUUUUAAAAAAAGAAAAAAAAAGAAAAAGAAAAACCUAAUUACAGCAAUAAUGACAGUUAAGCCAGUUUAUCUGUGCCUCUAUUUUGAAAUAAUAGUUACAAAAAAUGUUAUUGAUUUCAGUUUGUUAUAAUCUUUAAAGUUUUUCAAAAGUAUAUGAUUAUAUAUUUGGACAAAUCUUUCGAUGAAACAUACAUUUUUAUGAGCUUUCAUCAUGUUUCAGCCAGUGCAUUUAUCAGGGUGGGUCUGAGUCUGGAUUUAUAAAUGCACUGGCUGAUAACUGCACAUUUCUGGCCAGAAAUGUUUCAGCAGUGUCACAUAUGUACUACAUAUGUUACACUUGCUUUUUGUUACCAGCUGAUACCCUACAUUUGUAUAGACAUCGGGUGGUGUGAGGCUGGGGAGUUGAGUGGAGUGGGUAGGUGGGAGUUGAGUUGGGGGAGGGGGGGGGGGGGGGUGCGGUGGGAGGUUGUCAGGUUUCUUUUUUUCUUUUUCUUUUUUUUUUUGUUAAGAGAGACACAGUUCUGUGUCUUCUCCAAGCUUCACAUGCAAAAUUCAACAGUGUAAAGCACAUAGCAGCCAGAAACUGUAAUGCCACAGAUCAGAGAGGCUUCAUCAUCACCAUCUUCAUCGCCGUACGAUCAGAGCGUGAGACUUCACAUCUGGAGCACAGGAGAAAUUCUGUGAUAAGUCUUCCUUCUAGCUUGUCCCUCAAGCAGUCGAGCUGAGACACUCAGGACUGAACAGACUGCACAGCUUCUGUGACUGAGCCUCCAAAACACCUUCUUUGAAACCACUCAUGAUAGAAGGGCUUUAUAUUUGCAGCAGCACUACUACAGUCGGCAGGACUGUUGCUGCAGGAAAACAUCCCUGGAGAUCACCAUCAUUGUCAGACUGACUGUGCCUCCUCUGUGCAGUGUCAAGAUCCUCCCUAAAUGAGUGUUCCUCAGCUAUCCUGCUUCUGUGCUGCUUGCCACACAUCAAACACUGGGCGGAUGACAGGAAGGAUCCACUCUGAAGUCACUGGACAUGAUGAGGAUCAUAUGGGACUUUAUAGUUUCACAGAAAUGUUGUGCUCCUUAAUUACAGGUUUUAAAUGGACAUAAUGAUUGCCUCUCUCUGAUCAACAGGCUAAAGGAUUGUUUUCAUUGUUAGAGCUCUGUACAGUGUAUGCUUGUUUAAUAUUUCAUCACAGAGCAAACCUUUAUUUAUUUAACAUAUUUUUAUUUUGUUUUAAUGUUGAAUUAACUGUGGGGAUUUUUUUAAGUGGGCACUCGGAAUGUCAUAUGACCAGAAAUGUGGUAACUGGAAUUCUACAGUAUGUAAAAAAAAUCUGCUAAGAACGAAACACACACAAAAAAUCCCAAGAGAACUCAAAUUCAUUCCAUGUAAUCCAAUCUAAAACAUUUUAAACUGCUGAACAGCAA